UGAAAAAACAGUGGACGAUCUUGCGCGAUACAAAUGUCAAUGUGACAAUUGUUCCCGGAUAAAAAUUACCGUGCCGGGACCGGUGUGAAUGAUAAAUAAUAAAUUGUCAAGUGACGCUGUAAUUGUCGGGACAGUCGCGUCGACACUACCGUAAAAAUCAGACGGAAAUGGGAAACGUCAAUUCCGCGCAACCUCCAAAGUUUCAGAAAGAUCGGAAAGAGGACAACGCAGAUACCGGAAAAGGGAGACAACCGGCGAGCGGAAGUGACAAAGCCACCGGUCAGAGUUCACAGAGCCAAAGGGACAGGCACAAUGCCCGGCCUCGAGCGACGAAUCCUUUCAUCAUUUUCUUCCUGCGACUUCGCAGCAAGAAGCCGAACGAGCAUGUCACCGUGAUAGCGCGGGCUGCGGGGAAACUGUGGUCCCGGAUGACUCCCGAGGAGAGAAAGAAGUACGUGGAUCUUGCCAACGAGGAGAAGAAACGGCGUCAGGAGAGAAAACGGAAGAGAAAACGUUCGUUCACGCAUUCGAGAAUCCUACAAAUACAAGCUAGAGAUCUGAUCGCAUUCCUAUGUUCAGGAUGAAGUAACAAAGCUUGUAGAGGAUCUGUUCACGCGCAAGAAGGUGAAUCUUGCACGCAACACAUCGUGAUAUGUGGCACCUGGAAACGAUCAAAGAUGCGAUCACGUAUUUUUGAUUUCUUUUUUAUUUGUUAGUAGUCUUUUUUAGAUCUAUGUACAAUAAAUAUUGAUGUAUUUUUAUACAUUA